GUCUGAUCCAGCAAAGGUCGUCACCAUCUCUGCUCUCCUCCUCCUUCAAGCCAGCCCUAACAAACCCCCAGAAUCACCUUUCCACUUCUCUAUCCCCCAACCCAUCCAUCAUGCCGUUGUCAGCCACGGGACUUAUCGCCCUCGCCGACCUCUCCACCCUCUCCCAACGUACCGCUCUAACAGGAACAUCUACGCUUCUCGACUGCCUCGUUCUAGCCCCCGGCAUCCACCGCCAGCAAACCGCCUCCGCCCUCAACGGCGGAGAGUACCCCGCCGUCGCCGCCAUGACCAGCGGCUACGUCUUCCGCGUCGAGAACCCCGCCACCUCCGUGUUCCGUCGUUUCGUCUCCGCACUCAUAUGUACCGAGAACACCAAACUCUCUACCUAUCUCGCAUAUGUGGCUACCGUUUCCGCAACACUGGCGACUCUAGCAUUCGUAGUGCUGAGUGAGGAUCAUUGGGGUGUGCUGGUAAUGUCCCUCCUCAUCCUCUGCCGCUUCGUCAACACCACCAUCAUCCGCCGCCGUAGUGCCCCGGGUUGGUUCGGUGUGCCUGAAGCCGGCGUCGAUGGCGAUCUCCUUGUUCUUCUAAGCCAAGAUCGCUGGGUUCGGAUUCGUGGCGCUGUUGACGAUCUUAAGGCCGUGACGUCUGGGCAAUGGCUUCGUGAUCCCACGACGAGGGAGAGCUACGCUACCGCGUCUGCGACGUUGCUGUUGUAUGCGACGGCCGUGUUGACGAGCAAUGUGAGCGAUAUCGGGAAGAUUUUGGUGUUGGGGUUAUUGGUGGGGAGUGUGGGAGUGAUGGCGUUGUUCAACACGAGGACGGAGGUGUUGCAGAUGCACGGGAGGCUCUUGAAGGUGGAUGGAGAGAGGAGAGUGUAUAAAAGGCGGUUGGAGAUGGCGGAGGAGUUGAUCAAGGAGGUGGGGAGGGAGGAUUGGGCCAUCAGGUUGGGGAUGAUUAAUAGGCCUGCAAAGGAGAGCGAGGGGAUGCCGACAAUGUAG